UCCUCGCCUGCUCCACCGGGCCAGUCGCGAGAGAAAUGUCGAGCGCGAAGCGUCUGUGCUGUUCGCGCGUCGGCGGUCCCAGCACCAGCAGUUCUUCAUCUUUGCUCGAAAGUAGUUCUAAUUAUUUGUUUUUGUUCGGUAGUGUGCCUCCCCAAAAUGAUUCGACCCACCGUCGCGGAAAGUGCCCGGAUACGCUCCUCGAUAUCACAGCCAAAGUGGUCGCAGAGAAUAUUCCUUUCCAAAGAAUCGAGGAGCGAUACGAUAGGAUCCCCGAGCCUGUGCAAAGACGGAUCAUUUAUUGGUCUUUCCCCCGUGAUGAAAGGGAUAUUUGUAUGUAUUCCUCCUUAUCCCGUGUCCCCUCAGUGACUUCCAGUGGUGAACAUCUAUCAUUUUACAAAGGAUUAAAGCUCCUCGAGUCAGGAUGUGUCGACAGUGUGCUGCAAGUUGGUUUCCAUCUGAGCGGCGUGGUCUCCACUCCGAGGGCGAGCAGUCCUUCAACCCCGUCGUAUAACGCGGAGCCAGACAAGAAGUACAAAGUAUCUGUUAGUUUUGACAGGUGUAAAAUUACUUCUGUCACCUGUAGUUGUGAUACAAAAGAUAUUUUUUGGUGUCAACAUGUGGUUGCCUUGUCCUUGUAUAGAAUCAGAAAUGCCGAAAGUGUUAGACUACGUGUUCCUAUAUCAGAAACGUUGCUGCAGAUGGACAGGCAGCAGCUACAGAAAUUCGUUCAGUAUCUCAUAUCAGAGCAUCAUACAGAAGUGCUUCCCACGGCUCAGAAACUAGCCGAUGAAAUCCUUCAACAGCGUUCUGAAAUCAACCAAAUAGCAGGCGCUCCAGAUCCUACAGCCGGUGCUAGUGCUGAUGACGAGCACUCAUGGCAUUUAGACGAAGAACAAGUUUGCGAACAAGUGAAGUCAUAUCUUGCUCAAGGCAGUUACUACAAUGCCAACAAACAGCUCAAUUCUUUAUUUGCAAAGGUGCGAGAAAUGUUGAGAGCUAGAGAUUCCAAUGGAGCUCGAAUGCUAACUCUAAUCACGGAACAGUUCCUAUCAGACCCUCGGCUUGUUUUAUGGAAAUCCCAGGGUACUCCCAUGAAUGACAAAUGCCGUCAGCUAUGGGAUCAACUUGGAGCUUUGUGGGUGUGCGUUGUUUUGAAUCCACACUGCAGUACAGCAGAAAAGCAACAUUGGAAGGUUAUGUUGGAAAAGUGGACAAAAAUCGACAUUUGCCCCCAAGAGGACCCAGACUUCAGGCCUCCUCCCUCGUACCAUGGAGGAGGAGGAGGUUACCAUUCCUCUGAUAGUUCAUCUGAUGAAGAAGGAGGAAAUAACCCCCGAGAGAAUGUUCGUGAUAACCACCGUAAUGACCGCAGAAGACCAUGGUCUCGGUCCCAUGGGUCAAGUCAUAGUAGAGCACCUGCAAUCCCUCGUACUAUUUUUCACAGAGCGCUGGACGCUGUUGAUAUGUCCUGGGAUAACAUGCAUUUGAAGCUUAUUCUCUCAAGUGAUUCCUAUUGUAGCCAUGUUCCUGACAGUUCCCUAAUUUCUGGCAGUUUUAAUUCUCAAGGUCAACCAUUGUGGCAUGAACCUCUACCUACCUGCGCAGCUCGAGUGGAUGCGCUUCGAUCUCAUGGGCACUAUGCCGCAGCGUUACGAUUAGCAGUCUCUGUUGUGCGAACCAUGAAGCAGCAGCAGCUGGACGCCCAACGCCAGUGGCAUGAAAGUCAAACCCAAAAAUCUAGUAGUAGCAGUCAGCAAUCUUACCUCUCUCGCUGUAACGAUAGUCAUCAUUCUAAUUCUUGCUCACGGUGUUACAGUUACGACCACCGAUCCAACCUAAUGUGUUCGCCAAGAUGCGUCUCAAGCUAUGACCCUCACCAAGCUUGCUCUUCUAGGUGUUAUGAUAACCACCAUCGGGGCUGUUCCUCUCGUUGUUAUAACGACAAUCAUUCCCGUAACCAGGCCUGCACGUCUCGCUGCGGAAUGGAUUACUCCCGAUACCUCUCCUGCACUCCUCGCUGCGCCAACUGCGACUUGCAUGCAAGGCCCAACUACGUUUGCGUCAGUAAUUACAGCUGUCGCUCUAGGUGUGGUUACUACGAUAAUCACCGCAAUUCUUUAUGCGGGUCUCGGUGCAGCGAUAGACCUGACCGCUCAGAGAGACCGAGCAGUAGCCGUUCCUCCCACGAUACUCGCGCUGCCUCUUAUUCCUCCUCCUCAUCUUCGUCUAAUCCCAAUUCUAGUUCUAGUUCUAGUAGCUCUUACACAGGUCCCCAGUCAAGUAGGAAUCCGGCUGACGGGUGGGUAGGACACCCGUUGGACCCUGUGGGUUGCCUCUUUGACACUUUGGCCGAAGCCUCUUUAGUUCCUGAUGAUAGUGCUCCUCGUUCACCUUCUUAUUUCGACCCUGUUGGAGUUGAAGAGAACAUGAACGCGAUCAGCACUCCUCCUCGUUACCACCAUGUUCCGGUCGUCGGUUCUAGGGAUCGUUCAGAAACAUAUCUAACACUAGCAGUUGAGGUGGCGCUCAUUGGCUUGGGUCAGCAACGUAUCAUGCCCCCUGGACUUUAUGCUCAAGAGAAAGCCUGUAAGCAAGAAGAUCGUCUAAUCGCAAAACUGCAAGAAAUGGAACUUGACAAUAGUUUAAUAGCUGUCUUACGGCGGCAAGCAAUCGUACUACUGGAAGGGGGGCCGACUAGUGGACUUGGUAUCGGAAUUCACUCCGAGAGCAUUCCAAUGCACACCUUUGCAAGAUUUCUUUUUCUCGCACUCUUGAACUAUUACCCAGAUCUAGCAUAUGAAGUUGGAUUGAGAGCUAUGAGACUGCCCAUCCUAGAAGAGCAUGGUGACUCCGAUGAUCCGGUGAGCGGCAAUGUCUCUUCCUUGGUCAUGAGCCGUUACCCAAGAUGGUUUACCCUAGGACACAUCGAAACACAGCAGUGCGCUCUUGCAUCGACCAUGCUUAGUGCUGCCAAAGGUGAAGUCAUGAGACUACGCACAGUUUUAGAAUCUGCUCAAAGACACAUACAUAGCUCUUCUCACUUAUUCAAGUUAGCUCAGGAUGCAUUUCGCUUCGCAACGCCCGAAACAGGGCCGAGGCAUCCCACCCUACUCUCAGUAGCUUUUGAACUAGGAUUACAGGUUAUGCGGAUGACACUGUCAUCAUUAAAUUGGCGGAGACGAGAAAUGGUUCGAUGGCUCGUCACUUGUGCCACAGAAGUGGGUGUGGACGCCCUUAUUUCCAUCAUGCAAAACUGGUAUCAACUUUUCACACCCACCGAAGCCACAGGACCAGUUGCAACAACAAUUAUGUCUAAUAGUACGAUGAUGCGUUUGAAUCUCUCAUACACUCAGCAGGAGGAACUGUCUGGGUGUGCUCGUCAGCUAGCCUUACAAUGUGCCACUAAGGACCCACCGAAUUGUGCAUUAAAUGCGCUUACCCUUUGUGAAAGCGAAGCGCUGUCUUUCGAAACUGCCUAUCAAAUUGUAACAGAUGCUGCAUCACAUAUCAUGACAUCAUCUCAGUUGUUCACCAUCGCUAGAUAUAUGGAACACCGUAACUACCCUACCCGUGCUUAUAAGCUGGCCAUGCUUGCCAUGAAAAAUGUUCAUCUAGCAUAUAAUCAGGAUACUCAUCCAGCUAUCAAUGACAUCCAUUGGGCCUGCGCGCUGAGUCACUCACUCGGAAAGUCUGAGCUGAGCAAUAUGAUACCGUUGCUCGUGAAAAAUGUGCAAUGCGCCACCGUACUAAGUGACAUCUUACGCCGGUGCUCGGUAACGGCCCCUGGGCUGUGCUCAAUCCCACCCUCUGAAUCAAAGCACCACCACCAUCAUCACCAUCAUCACCACCACCACCACCACCAUCGAUCUUCAAGCUCCAUCAGUCGCAGUGCCAUAAAACCGCUCUCCUAUGACCGCCCUCCCUUGCGACAGCUCCUUGAGGCAGCGGUUGCCGCCUACAUCCACACGACGCAUUCCCGACUCACCCACAUUUCUCCGCGUCACUAUGGAGAUUUCAUCGAGUUCCUCGGCAAGGCCCGGGACACAUUCAUCUUGGCGCACGAUGGUCAUGCGCAGUUCACAACACUGGUAGAGAAUAUGAAAUUAGCUUAUAAAGGCAAGAAAAAGUUGAUGUUGUUAGUCAAGGAGCGUUUUGGCUGACUAUUGCAGUCUGGGGCCCUUCACUAUAGGUAGAGGCCUGGAAAUUUUGCGUUUAUGGCUUCCUGAUCUUGUUGAAGAAUUUGUCAAAAUAUAACAAAUCUUUUCCCAGGGUCAGUAUUUCGAUUAAUAUUUUCGAGAUUGGCUCAUUAUUAUUUUAAAGCCAUUUAUUUAAAUACUUGGAGAAAAGCGCGCUUGGAUUCAUUCCAAACAAUUUCUUUUUAACGAAGCAAUUUUUAAGGGUGUUUUAGUUCUAUCAGUCUCUUUCCAUCUUUUAGUCUUAUGAAAUAAAAUUGAAGCAGAAAGAUAAAAGAAAAAAAAAAUUGAAACUUUUCAAUCUAAAAAGAUUAAAAGAGAUGCUUUUGUGUGUUAUCAGUCUUAAUAAGCGCUCCAUUUUUGAGUCUUUCUUUUGGGUCAAACACUAAUUUUUAAUCUUGAAAUUGUUGGGCGAUGCUGUUAAUGGAAGCAGGUUUCUACAAUAAGUUUCAAAGGAGAUGCCAGGAGAAAAUUUUCAAGCCUUUUACCAUUAGUGAUCGGGUCGUAAGGCAGGCAAACCAUAUUAAUCAACCUUUAAAUAUUUUUUGACUGUGAUUACCUAUUUAUGCCUGUAUGCAUGCAUAUAUUUGUUCAUUAACCCAUGCAUAUGCAUAAAUGUCUAUUUUAUUUUUAUACUUUUCUUUUUCUUUGUGCUUAGUUAUUUUAUUAUUUAGUUAAUUGCGAAGUUAAUUUUGAUUUAUUUGUAUUUCAGUUUUUUUCCUUCCCAUUUUUAUUAGGUUUCAAUCAAUAUUUUUUUUUGCGGGAAAGAUUUUUCAAAAUUCAUGAUUGUUUUUAUGUUUUUUAUUGGAGGUACAACAAAGUCCUCAGCAGUGAAACUGUACCACAGAUGUUUUUUUUAUCAUCAUACAUUGAAGCACUAUUGAAUGUAAGAUGCAUUUUUUUUUCUUCCUCUAUGAUUUGAACUUACUAAAUGAAAACUUUUUUGUUUUUUGUUUUCCCCCUCUUUUUUAUGUUUAUUAUUUGGAUUUUAUGUGUCUUUUUAGACUACAUUGCAUUGUAUUUUAAUUCACAUCAUUAUUUAUUUUUUGAAUACAUACAGGCUACUGCUGCUCCCUUCUUGCCUUCACAUUUUUAAUUUUUGCAGAAGGAACUUUUUCAUUUCAUUCAUUGAUCCUGAAUACCAAAGUCCAAGAGCUUUUGUCUUUUAAUAUCAUAACUGGAGUAAUCCAAAAUCAGAUUUUUCAGUCAGGAAUUUUUUUUUCUCUUCUUUUUCUCAGAUUCAGUUCCGUCAAAAUAUUCAUUGAAAUCUUGCAGGUUUCAGUUGAACAUAACUACCUGUCAAUACCCACCUGAGUUUUUAGGUAUAUAUUACCAUGAUACUUACCUCAAAAUUUAGCUAUUUCCAAAGUUUUUUUAUUCAGGCUUGUUUAAUAAUUCUUAUCAUUAGAACGUGUAAGCUGCUUGGUUUUGUACCAGUUGUACCGAUAUUUUUUUACCUUCGAGUUUGUCUGGAACAGUGUGAGGUUUGAAGUACAUAUUCGUUUUGGAUGAAAAGUCGUUUCUGUUGUUUUUGUGUCCUCAGAGCAGUAUGUAGGAAGAGCAUAAUCUUGCUAUUAACGAUUGAUCAAGAGGUUUGAUAUUCGUGCAAUCUGUUGUUUUGCUUUUUUAUUCAUUUGUUUCACUCUUGUAUUUAAUCGAACAAUUUCAAAACUGAACUGAUACUUUUCGAUUGCAUUUUGUGUUUUUACUGGAAGAAUCUAACUAAUCCAGCCACAUGAAUGUAUAUUUUCAAUCUCUGAACGGAACUGAAUGAAUGAAACAGAGGCUGAGGUCAGACUGGAUCUUAGUCUUUUGCUCCAAUCUUUUGUUUUGUUGACUUUCCUAGAAAAUGUUUUCUUUAACUCAACCUUGCAUUUAUUUUUGUUCUAGUUAUUAUGCUUUCUUGGAAUGUUCUGUAAUUUAAUUGUUACGGAAUAAUGUUUUUAUGUUUAUUAUAUAGCUAAAAGAAGAUUCUCCCAGAGACUUUCUUUAUCUUUUAUAAUCUAAUUUAUCUCCUCCUUAUUUAUUUAUUUUUUUUUUAAAUUUAUUUAUCAUCAUAAUUAUUACUAUAAUAUUUUGUGGGUUAUUUUUUUUCUGUUUUAUUUUUUUUGGUACCUCCCUAUUUCUAAAACAUACUUACAUGCAAUAUUUACAAAACUGUAAAGAAGAAAAUUGUUCUCAGCUAAUGUAAAAAUUCAAAUGAAUUUUUCCCCCUUUUUUGUAAAUUUGUAAAGAAAGUAUCAAGAAACUGCUUUUGUAAAAAUAUUUUGUCGUAGAUGAGGAAGUCUACUCGAAUAUUAUUUUCUUAUCAAACUGUUUCGAAAUUAUUUUAAACUAAGUAUAUAUAAACAAUAUAAGAUCUCAAGUUUAAAUUAAAAGUUAGUUUUAGUCGCAUUUUGUAAUUAUGUACGUAUUUUCAAGUAUUUUUGCGUAUUUAUUUUUAUGGUUCUUCGUAGCAGUAAGUAAAGAAUUAUUUUCACGAUGUCGAAUGUACUCACGUUGUAUAAAUUUGCGUCUUACCGUAACUCAUGAUAGAUUUUCUGCUCUUAAUUGUUAUGUUGCAAAAAAGGCCAUACCUAAUUAAUCUCAGAAAAUAUUAAAAAUCAAACUUUUACGCCAGCAUCCAAGUUAGUGUCAGUGUUAAAAUUGUUCUAUUCAAAUUUAAUAUCCAUUUUCCCUGAGUUUUAAAAUAGGUUUGUUCCAACUUUAUCUUUUCCUAUGAACUUGUAAAUUGAAGUAGGUUAUUUCCUGAAACCAUUUUCAAUUUCCUCGAGGCUUACUUAAAAGAGUCUUGCCAUUAUCUUUGCAUUUUGCUCAGACUCUUGCCUUUGUACUGCGAUGCUGCUAUCUACCCACUCAGUUUUAGACGGUAACAGCCCUCCAUUUCUUCUAUUUUUUACGCUGUCAAACCAAAGAAUAUUCUGUCCUUAUUUAUUCUUAUUUUGUUUGUUUCCAAACUUGUGUAAAUUUCUUCCAACCGUUUACUCAGAAGUGAUUUUCUUUUCUAUUCCUAUCUAAGAAGGAAUGUUCUUCGAAUGAAUUUCAUUUACAUAUCGCGUAAAGGUUUUUUUUCUAACCUUUGUAGUGGCAUCAGCUUUUUAUGUGGAUAUCAAGCUUGUUUACAUGCUAUUUUGGGUGGAAAAUGGCCAUCUGAAACUGGGAAAAUACUCUUUACCUCUAGAAGGCAGCAUUGACCAUAAAAUCAAAAGAAAUGCCCUCUGGAUGUCAAAAUUGUAGGAAUUUUGAUUUUUGCUGGUUGGCACCUUGCCAAUUUUUCAAGAAUUAAUAAUGAGAACGAAAAAUUCUACUUCAUUUUGUACCAAAUAAAAUCCUUCUUAUGGCUCUCUACUAUUUAUUUUUUAAUCUCCUCAGCUUGCAGCCUAUUUUCAAGUAUUAACCAGUCUAAUUUCUGAUCUAUUUCGUAUUUAAUCAUGUAGGGAAGACGAGGGCGUCACCCUCCAGUUUCCAGUAAAGAUGAAGGCACUGAAAGGAUCAGAAGAUGUUAGACAUAUCUCUAAUGCAUCUUUUAGAUGCUUGGUACAUUUAUUAUUUAUUUUUGAAGUACUAAUUUUUCUUCCUUCUCAAGUUGUCACCCUCCGGCUAAAGUAUCACAAGCGCCAUUUGUGCCUAGACGCCAUGUCUAAAUUUCUCAAACUCUUCCAAUCUUUUACGAGAGAACUAAUGGACAGGAUCACUUGAAAGUUUGAUUUAUUUUGUUAUCAAGAUUGAUCCCUGAAAUUUUCAUGGGAGUUUGUGCAAAAGUUUUGAAGAAAAAAUUAAUACAAUACUGAGAUGUCCAGUAACAUUGCGUCCAAGCGUUAAUGGUGCCUGUGAUAUACUUAGGGUGGAGGGUGAUUCUUAUUUUUCUAUGAGUAACUUAUCAUGUGAUGUAAUGAGUAUAAAAAUAUUCUGUGUGAAGCAUUUUUUUUUAACUUUUUAAUUCUUAUCUUAAAACUUAACCAGUUACCUCUCAUGUGUUUCUGAGUACCUACCUAUUCGAGACUCCUGCGAACCUCCUUUGAAAAUCAAGAUUAUGUACAAUGAUUGAACUUUACCCGCUACAGUAUUACUUUUAUUUUUUAUCUUGGAGAUGCUAAAACUGUUGUUAUUUAAUGCAUUAUUAGGUACCAUUUGUUUUUAGUAGGUAUAAUGAAUUGAUUGUGCAAUCAAAAGCGUCUUCUAGAACGACAGCGUUCAAAAAAAUUCUUUUAAUACUUGUACCUACUUCUUUCAUUGUAUUUCAGUGGGCCAGUUGAGCAAGUCACAGAAUUGUGUUCUAAUGAUGGAAUUUAGAGACCAGCAAAAAAUGGAAAGGCUUUUUAACACAUAGUUUCUACAUCCGAUAUUGAUGGUGAUAUCGUUUUGAUGAUAAAACUGCAAAAAUGCGUAUCUCGGUUUCGGUGUUUCAAAAUCACCACUCCUGUUUUGUUUUUUGAAAGAAGACCUAAUCAUCAUCAUGGCUUGAAAUUCUUACAAAAUAUUUGCCACUCAGAGAAGAAAAAUUACUGAAGUUAACAAGAGAUGAUUAGUAUUCCAUGAAGAAAAUAAAGUAUAGUAAGUAAAGUAAAAAGGUAAAUAAAUUUCCGUAGAAUGAAGUAUGACAGAAAGUCUACUAUGUUGCAAACUGAGAUGGGCGUUUCUGCAGUUUCAUCAUCGAUUUGUAGGAGAAUAUAGUAAAUAAUAUAAUCCACCAGGAAUAUGCGUACCAUGUUUCCACUAGCCUUGUUUUAUUAACGUUGCACUUUUGAUGUAUUCUUUCAAAGAGCGGUGUCUCCCCAUCAAAAUUGGAUGCAUAUAACUCUUUUACAUUGUCUGCAAAUUUUAUAUCUUUGUCUCUUACAACUGACCAACUGACUCUGGCUUCGAUCUGGAUUUGCUUUUCACCAAGCAACUAAUCUAUUCAGUCCGAUAACAUAGACUUUAAUGUCGACUUUUUCUACAACAUUCAUGAGCCUCCAUAAUCUUGUGUUGUAACGCCGUAAUAUAUUACUAAUGGUCCAAGUUCAAAUUUUUUUCUGAAACCAAGAAAUGUAAGAUUUGCCCUGUAACCGAGUUUAACUGUGGUUUUUUCCUCCUUUUAAAUUUUAACAUCAGUCAUCGUAUUUUGAAUAAAGAUUUUCUGGAAGGCAUUUUGACCAUCGUUAACACACUUCAUGUUUCCAAAAAUGUAAAAUGCAUUUUUGAUUUAAGCCACCAAUGUGUCAAAUAAGCAAGAUCAAUGAACUGUGAUAAACUGAUAUAUAAUACAACCUAUUGCUAUACGCCAUGUUUUCCUGCGUACCUAGCUGUGUCCUGGAAGAUAAUAUUCCAUUCUUUCUUAUCUGAUCGAAUAUCUUGUGGCUAAGUUUGAAACAUAAAAUGUAAUAGUUGCUCAUCUGUGUUUCCAUCACAUAUAAAUGGAGAAAUGGUAACUUUUCUUUUUGUUCUGCUGGGAAGGUUUCAUUGACGCAAGGUAUUUUUAAAAGUUACUGGUCAGUAAUAAUUCUUCUCUAAGUCUGAAAAUAAAAAAAGGAACACUAAGGCUGUAUUGUACAUACUUAAUUCGAUUUUGUGAUUCUUUAUCAUGUACCGACAACCUCAACUCAUUAAUUAUUGGUUCACCUGUUGCUCGGUUUUGAAAAUUUAGCACCCCCAGAGACGGUGUACCAUUAUGUGAAGAUUUUCUCAGAUCCAUCAUGAAGCGUCAUGGAUACACUUGUACAUAUGUAAUAAAUAAUUGUAUUUAUUUAGUUAAUAUCUACCUCUAAUGUUAAUUAAAAUUUAUCAAGGACUGAAUUUAACAAGAUCUCUAUACUAUGAAUGCUUUGUAGAUAAUGAUUAGUUCAGUUAUUAGAGUGUAUUAAACGAAAGUUUGUUCAUAAUAAAUUCAUCCUAAACUCGUAA